AUGCGUGCGCCUGUGGGUUUAGUGGGAGAGGUCGAAAGUCAGACCGAUUCUUUUGGCAUCCUAGAGUUCAUCAGUGUGGCAGUGGGACUGGUCAGUAUUAGAGGCGUUGACAGUGGCCUUUACCUUGGAAUGAAUGAGAAAGGAGAACUCUAUGGCUCUGAGAAACUGACUUCUGAAUGCAUCUUCAGGGAACAGUUUGAGGAAAACUGGUACAACACUUACUCUUCCAAUGUGUACAAACAUGGAGAUUCGGGGCGGCGAUACUUCGUAGCACUUAACAAAGACGGUACUCCCAGAGAUGGGGCAAGGUCCAAAAGACACCAGAAAUUCACACAUUUCUUGCCCCGGCCUGUGGAUCCUGAAAGAGUUCCAGAAUUGUACAAAGAUGUGUUAGGAUACAGCUGA